AUGGCUCCACAGGACACCACCUUCCUGUGUCUCGCAGUCUUCCUGGGCCAGACAAUUUGGGCACAAGAAGAACUUCCCAUUCCUACCAUAUCUGCUGCCACAAGUCCUGUGGUUCCCUGGAAUGGUUCUGUGAGGAUUCUCUGCCGGGGAAUACCCGAAGCCUUCCUGUAUCAGUUGUCCCUGAUGAAAAACUCCACACACACAGUCAUCGAGAAGAAAUUAGGACUUCAGAAGGAGGCUGAAUUCAUCAUCAACCACAUGAAUACAACCAUGGCAGGAGGUUAUCAGUGUCAGUAUAAGACGAAGUACCACUGGUCAGAGCGGAGCAAACCCCUGGAGGUGGUGGUGACAGGCUUAUACGACAAACCUGUCCUCUCCACAGAUCAAAGCCUUGCGCUGAUACCAGGAGAAAACAUUUCUUUCCAGUGCAGUUCAGCACACACCCUGUUCAGCAGAUUUUCACUGGCCAAGGAGGGAGACACUUCAUCGCCACGGCACCAACAUGAAGAGUAUCAAGGAAACUUCAGUCUUGGUCCUGUGAGCGCUGGCUUCUCUGGGAACUACAGGUGCUAUGGUUGGCACAGCAGCAGCCCCCAUGUGUGGUCAGCCCCCAGUAAUGCCCUGGAGAUCAUUGUUUCCCUUAUGUCUCUAGACUCCAGCAAGCAAGAUUCCAUGAUGGAGAAUUCAAUCCGGAUGGGUGUGGCAGGGCUGGUCCUUGUGGUUCUCUUGGUGAUACUAGCUGAAGAUUGGAAGAGCCACAGGGUAUCACACAAGGAAGACUUUCAGGAAUUGGCUGGACAGAGAUGGAGCAAACAUGGUAUGCCGUCCACACUCACUGCCCUACUCUGCCUCCAGCUAUGUCUGAGCCAGAGGAUCAACACAGAAAAACAGAAUCUCCUGAAGCCCAUCAUCUGGGCCCAACCCAGUACCAGGGUCACAAAAGGAACCCCUGUGUACAUCUGGUGCCAGGGGCCUCAGAGUGCCUCUGACUAUCAACUGUACUUUAGAGGAAGCAUCUGGGCCUUGAAGAGACCAGAGUCACGUAGAUCAAGGAGCAAAGUAAACUUCUUCAUUCCACAAAUGACCUUACACACUGCAGGGGAGUACACUUGCUUCUAUCAGAGUGGGGAGCUUCAAUCAGAACCCAGCGAUCCCCUGGUUCUGGUAGUUACUGGUCUGUAUGACACACCCAAACUCCAGGUUCACCCAGGGCACGAAGUAACCUUGGGGGAGAAUGUGACCUUCUUCUGCCAUCUGGUGGCUGGGACAAGCAAAUUCUUUCUGCUCAAGGAAGGACGAUACAACCAUGUCCAGCAAAGAUAUGGGAACGGCCAAGCAGAGUUCCCCAUGGGCCCUAUGACUAGAGCCCACAGGGGGACAUACAGAUGUUUUGGCUCUUACAGUGACUAUACAUGGUCUUUCCCCAGUGAGCCUGUGACACUCCUCAUCCCAGGUGUUGGGAACACCAGCCUUGCACCCACAGACCCUACUUCUUCUCAUGACUAUUGGGUGUUCGACUCCACGAUGGAAGAAUCAGGAUUACAGGAGGACUCUGCCUUCUGGGAUCAUACUACCCAGAAUCUCAUUCGGAUUGGUCUGGCAUGCGUAGUCCUGACGGCUCUAGUAUGGCUUUUGGCUGAAGACUGUCUCAGCAGGAAAAGGGAUCAAGAGAGGACCAACAGACCAGCAAGAUGGGAAUGCAGGAGAAGAUGGAGAGUACAACGUUCCCUUGAAGAGGAACAAAGGGAUGCAAUAUCUAUGAGGGAAGUGAAGGCAACUCCUGGACCUGGGACCAUAUGA